AUGUCUCUACCCUUGGGCAAGGUAAUUGCAGAGUAUGAACCAAGGCAUACCGAACUUGUCCAUGCUAUCUCAGAUGUAGAAUAUGCAUCUGAGGCUUUGACUGCACUAUAUUCCAAGAUAGCGGAGCUCCAGACGCAGGUGCAGGCGGCCAAGGCCAGAUUCAAAAAGGCAUCAGAGAGGGUGAAGAAGAGGGAAAAGCAGGCAGAGGACUCUGAGAAGUCGUUCAAAUUUUCUUUUCUUCGCAGGAGCAAUACGACGAAAGGAAAAGAAAAGCAGAAUGCCGGAACGCAGAUUCAGACACCAGCAUACCUCGAAGCAGUGCAAGAAGAAAGUAAAGAAAGAAAUAGACAGACUGAGCUUGAGGAGGCUCUAGCUUCAGCCCAGAACGAACGAGCUACACUACAGGAAAAGGUGAAGGAAUGCGAUGCGCUGAAAAUCAAACUGGACGCCCUCUACGACCUCAUCUUCAAUGGGCCUACACCAGGUUUUCCCGAAGAGGAUCAACUGGAGCAGCAAGUCUCCGCAGCCAAGGCUGUAUAUGACCGUGUGCACGCCAAUUUCAAUACCGAAAAGCAAGCGUAUGCAAAUAUUUAUCGAGCCGAGAAGAUCAUUGGGGAAUGCAGGUAUAAACUGAAGGAUGCCCUGCAAUGCGCUUCCACAGUCAUGUUCGCUAGCGGACAUUCUGUGCAGGAAAAAGAAACUGCCUGUCUUGAGAGUGCCCAUGACCUAGCUCUUCAGGUCAUGUCUAUAAUUCAAGAAGCCCGACGAUUGUCACCUGAUAUUCGACCACUUGAGAAUCUUUCCAUCAUCCAAGAAGUCCCUUCACGAGCGGAAUCGGGGAGUGCGGAUGACUUCUAUGCAAAGCUCAAGAGUGCUUCAUCGGAAGUCUCCCGAGCGCGCACACAGCUCUCCACCGAGCGGACAAAUUAUGCUGGCCGAGCUGCCGUUACUAAAUCUGUCGUGGAAGGUGCUGAACAAACGCUAGCUCAGUACAAGGACGAACUCCGCUCCCUUCGAAAGGGAAUCUUCGAAAACGUUGCAGAGAAAUCGCGACAGCAGUCGCCGCUCAGAACGAACGGCAUGCAUGGGAUACAAGAAGAUGACGAGGACCACUACAUUGAAGCACCGCCGCCAAGCUAUGACUAUGAACCCUCUUCGACGUUUGUGUCAACACUCUCACCAUCAACUCUCAUCAUUCCUAACAAAUUCGUGCGACAAUUACCGACUCCUUACAGUGAUGAUACCUCGUCCCCGGUGAGCAGCAGUAGCCAUAUAUGGCCUGCAAGUCCUGCUAGCCCGACUGCCUCAAUACGGCGAAUAAGACCCCUACCACGGCCUCCUGGGACUUGA